AUGGCGUGGUCAAAGACGACGCGCAUCCAAGUGAUGCUGGCGAUUGAUGUCAUGUUCUUCCUCCUGGAACUGUCCGUCGGUCUGGCUGUCGGAUCACUUGCGCUUUUGGCGGAUUCUUUCCACAUGCUAAACGAUAUCAUUUCUUUACUUGUCGGAUUGUGGGCUCUUUCCUUGACCAAGCGGGCGACAACAGAUCAGUUCUCCUACGGCUGGCUGCGCGCGGAAAUACUCGGUGCCUUUUUCAACGCCGUAUUUCUGAUUGCGCUCUGCGUCUCCAUCAUCCUCGAAGCCCUCGGCCGAUUCAUCGACCCGCCCACCAUCGAAAACCCGAAACUGAUCUUGAUUGUCGGAUCGCUUGGCCUUGCCUCGAACCUCGUUGGUUUCGUCGUUCUCGGCGGACAUGGCCACUCCCACGGGCCCGGAGGACACGAUCAUGACCAUGACCACGAUCACGGCCACGCUCACAGUCACGACGAACAUGCGCAUAGCCACGCCGAUGCUCACGAGCACGACCACGGAUAUCAGAACAGCGCGAUCGCCGAGGAAGGACGCGCAGGAGCAACGGGCGAUGCGCACAGUCACCAGACGGGUAGGACCCGCAAGUCGAGCAACGCCAGACACGCCCGCUUCACGAGCAUCGAGGACAUGAACAUUCAUCCGGCUAGCUUCCGGCAAGAGAUUAUUGAUGCUAGCAGGUCCCAGCCUGAGGAGUCUUCCAGCAGUGAGAAUAGCUCCGACAACGAAAACGGCGGACAUGAUGAUACCAACACCGAAAACACACCGCUCAUCGGAGGAUCGAAUGGACACAAUCACCAGUACGGCGCGCACUCAUCUUCGCCAAAGAAGGGGCGACGGAACUCGAACGUUCACCGCGAGCACAACCACACCAAGCCGAAGAAGGCAAGCAAGAGUGGACACGGACAUAACCAUGCUGACAUGGGCAUGAACGCCAUGGUUCUUCACGUCAUUGGAGAUGCUUUGGGUAACGUAGGAGUCAUUGCCACAGCCCUGAUUAUCUGGCUCACGAACUGGCCUGGACGCUUCUACGCCGAUCCUGCCGUCUCGCUCUUCAUCACCAUGAUCAUCCUCCGCUCAGCCAUCCCGCUUACCCUUGCGGCUUCCAAGAUCUUGCUCCAGGCGACACCCGAGCACAUCGAUCUCAAGCAAAUCCGGGAAGACAUCCAAGACUUGGAGGGCGUAGUCAGCUGCCACCACGUUCACGUCUGGCAGCUGGACGACACAAGCUUCGUUGCCUCGUUGCACAUCCAGGUGGACUUCCCCAUCUCGGCGGCCGGCGGUGACAAGUAUAUGGAUCUCUCCAGGCAGGUCCGGCAGUGCCUGCACGACUAUGGGAUCCACAGCGCCACGAUCCAGCCCGAGUACUGCCUCGACGCGACACACAACCAUACCGAGGAGGCCGCGACCUCGCCCCGCCUAGACGGCGCAACGUCUUCGCUUCCCGGAUGCGGCAAGGCGGAUGGGAACUGUCUGCUUGCUUGCGUGGAGGAUUGCUCUGGUCGGGGAUGCUGUGUCGUGCCGGACGUGUCGAGGCCGGAGAGCACCCAUUCUCAUGAUGCUGAUGGCCAUCAUCACCACUAG